UUUAGUCGUCGCUGCUAGGAUGGAGGAGACGAGCGAUCGGCCCCGCCAGGCGACGAUCCGCGCGAGGAAUCGGGGCGCAGCCUCUCGAUCUGCAACCAUUGCCACGAUCUCGUCCCGGCUCUUCCUGGCGAUCGUGCUCUUCCAGCUCCCACUCUUCAGGGUCCCCUGCCAAGCCGGCGUUUGCACCAAUCCUCUGGAGCUUACGGCCGUCCAAAUGGCCAGCAGCAAAGCCACUCCUCUCUGGCUCGUCAAAUCUCUCCUCCUCCCUGGAGCGUGCGUCCGGGGCUUGAUCACCGAUCUCUCGCUGCCUUCUUGGGACAAGAUCCUCGAGCAGUACAACAUCACCGAGACAAGCUCCCCGGGUCUCGAUCUUCUCCGCCUCGAGGUGAUUGCUGGGAGUUACUUCGCUGUCGCGGGAGCGCUGGUGGGAGUUUUCAAGCAUGGAAGAAUGAGCAUGUUUGGGAUGCUCUUGAUCGCGUGGGGGCUGAUCAAGGAGGGCAUUCUCCACAAGAAUCCAAGCUCCGGUACCCAGGUUCACGCAAAUCCAGCGUUCAUCGUCGCGGUCGCGCUUGGAUUCCUGUCCGUGAAAUACGACUUCCAAAAGGUCCAGACGCUCGCCAGGCCCGUCGUCAACCCACUCAAGAGCUCCGCGAAGUCCAAGCUCAAGUAGAAGCUCUAAAAGGUGACGAACCCUCGCUUCUUUUUACCUUCUAACGUGAAGGUUUUAUUUUGAAAAUGAAAAUGGUGCUAGAAGCCACAGAAAA